CUAGGAGACCCCUAAAGCUGAAAUGAGCACACAAAGGUGCUUUUGGGUUUUUACACAAAUGUCACUGUCUAGCAUAAAGUCUCUAAGAAUCCUGCAUUUAUUUAUUUGACUUUAUUUUGGUGGCCAAUUUUGGCAAAAAAGGGUUUUUUUUUUUUUCCUCUAUAGAAUCCCAGUAAUUUUAUCUUUCAUCAGGCAUUUUUAAGUAUGGUCCUCAAAAACCUUUGAGAUCAGCAUUUACUUGGAAAACGAGAUAUAUUGCAAAACCUGCAACACUCUCUUAUCAGCAGCCGAAACAAGUGACAUUGCUAUGAAAAUCUUUUUUGUUUUUCAGCAAAGCUUAAAACGGCGACCCCGAGGCGCUCAGCCGCUGCAGGCCGGAUCCCCGGGUUCGGCUAAAGCAUUGUUUUAAAUUCUAAUGAGGAACAUUUGAAAUCCCAUCCAUUUAACAAUCUAUGCACCUUGAAAGCAUUUAACUUUAAUUAAAUUUUAUGGUACCAAAGUAUGGAGUCAAACUGCAUUCAUGUGUCCCAGCAGCUUUGUGUUUUCUGUUACCCACCCAGGCUGAGGACCCCCUCCCAGUUUUGCAGUCUCUGGAUGGGCAUACCCUGGCACAAACAAGUCUGGACAUAUCUUAGUCUAUCGAUGGACUUGCCCAGUCAGCCUCACGUCCCCACAAAACAAGCCCUGACGCAGGAGAAUUCCCCUGUGGAGAAUCCUCUAUACAGACCAGCUUAGGAAGGGACUUAUUAGUCAAGCAAUACUGAGGAAAAGCAGGUUAUUAAUAAUGGCUGCUGGGGGGAGCAUCCCAUGCAGCAGAACACCCCUGAACUUGGUGGGGGCCAUUAUUUUGGAGAGCUCUCAGCUGGAAGGCCUUUUUUUAAGCUUGCUUACACUUUUGGGGUUGUGGAGGGGGAGGGGUGUUGGUGCGGCCAAAGUUGCAUUGUCUUUUUGUUUCUUCUCUGCUGGGAGGGGCAUAGAGCCAGGCCCCGCCCCCUUGAGAUAUAAGAGGGCAGCACUGUGCAAGGCUGGCAGAGCUGGCUGCGUCGCCGGAGACAGACACGGAGAUGGAGACGGGCAGGACGAUGCGUUCCUCUGCGAGACCCAUGUGCUGUCUGUCAUCCAGACACCACCUGCUGAAGGUGAGCUGGUGGAGAACCCUCUGCGUGCUCUACCCCGUGCUGUACCUCACGGGGCUCCACGGCGGGGCGGAGGCCCUGAAAGCGCGCUGCGGCCGCGAGCUGGUGGCAGACCUGCAGUUUGUGUGUGGGGACCGAGGCUUCUACCGAGGAAAGGUAUCCGGUGCCAGGGGGGGCGCCCGUCUGCGGGGUAAGGGCAUUGUGGAGCAGUGCUGCCUCCGUGGCUGCGACCUGCAGCACCUGGAGGCUUACUGUGCCAAGCCGCACCGUGCCCGGCGACACGCCCCGCCCUCUCACCCGCGAGCCGUGGAGGAGCUGUACCAUGUUGUCUUCCCCAAGAGAGCCCUGGCUUUCCCGAGGCCUGUCCGUCCCACGGUGCCUAUGUGGAGACGAGGCAAGGGGGGUGUGGAACGCAGCCUCGAGGAGAAGAAGCCCGCGUCAGGAACCGGACUGGCAGACACCUGGAGGAGUGUGCUGGACAUGGGAGCUGUGUGACUGAGAAUCGGCGUGCAGGCAGCCGGACCGCACACUCACCUGCUGCUCUGAACACAGGGGUGUUUGCACAGGGGUGGGUGCUGUAGCCUCAGCGAUGCCUUCAGCCCCCAAGAGCCACAGCAGCUGCCUGCUUCCUGCUGUUUACCCACAUGGAAAUGUGAAAGCAGACGGGGGCUCCAAGUCGGCUCCUUUUAUGCAGUAUUUAUUGUAGCUUUUCUGCUUCGGUUGAUAAACUAUUUAAAGGUGAUAUUCGGGCACGUUGCAUUGUCAGUGAAAGUGUUCAGCACACACAGCUGCUUUUACUGCCUGUACUGGACUGUAUCUGAAGAGGUUUUAAGGCAUUAAGUUGAAGAUGAAACUGUAAGAGUGGAAGGCAUUCACACACUUAAGGUCCUUUUAUUCUUUGAUUUUUUUUUCUUUUUCAAAAAGCAUAUGCACUAUUGAGCAUUUUCAAAUGCUUGCUUUAUGAAAUGUUAUACUAAGUGGUAAUCGUUUGUGUGAUGUACUUUCUUUCAUUGCAUAAACACCCCAUCACCUCCGUUGUCUCAGAGAGAUAUUAUGUAUGUAGAUUAGAGCCAGGAAACCAAAUGUUACUUCUUAAUUUGGCUUUUGCCUGAAAUCCUCUUCUUAGUAAUAUCAAAGAAUUGAUCCUAUGCCAUUGUUUGCACAACAAAGUAUUUAUAUCUUUUUUUUUUUUUCUUGUAAAUUUAGGACCAGCUUAUUUAUGAUGGGGGUUUGUUGUCCCUCCCAUGAAGAUGUAUCCUCCUCCUCCCCCCAUGAGUUUAAGGAUUUUUUUUUUUCUUUGGUUCUCGAAGUGCUUUGCGGAGGGCUGAGGGAUGCCCGACCUCUGACCUUGAAUCUGCCAGUUUUACGGUGUUGGUACUAGAAUCACACCAGGUGAAGUUACCCAGUAACCAUAUGCAAUUAACCCAAAUGAGUGCCAGAGUGACCCAGAUCCGGAUUAAGAAGCAUUGUGGUCAGUUAGGGGGUCAGUCAGCCUCCCAGUAUUUCAGCCAUUUAUGUUAGUUUUUUUUUCUGUUUUUUUUUCUACAUAAAAUAAAACGAAUAUAAAUAGACCUAAUCAUGAGGUGACAGCCUGAAAAUGUCAGAACCUAUUCAUUGUUUUUCCAAGAAAUCCCUUAUCUACGGAACCCGGAGGGGGAGGGGGCACAGCACAGAUAGUCAUGGAAUGUGUUUUUUUAUUUUUAUGCGCACAAUGUAUGAGAAUCCCUAAAAUGUGCACUGCAUUUGGUUUUUAAUGAUCUCUGACAGGUUAAAUUGUGUUUUAGUUAUUUUGCCAAAGGAAACAUGCCUGCAGAGGCCCGACGCCGGACUCAUUUGUACGAAUACCAUGGGUUUUAUGCUAGUAAAUUUAUUUGCUCAGAUCUUUGUAAUGCAUAAUUUGUCUCCAGUCCAGCUUGGUCUUCUUCUGCUAGUCCUGCCACAUGUCCACACAAAGUUGCACACAAUUCUGUGAUGGAAAUUAGGGUUUAUGGCCGUUCAAAUCUAUGCAAAAUAAUAAAUAUAUGUAUACUCCA